UGCAUACUAGCUGCAGUCUUUGGCUCUCAUCCGUUGCUGUUGCUUUUACUUCCCACAAGUUGCUAACCAUGCUGAAGAAGUUCCUGUUCACCUCGACCUUGUUAGCUUUGGUGCUGGCUUUCCCAAGAGAAAUACCAGAUAUGGUCACUUCUUACAGUGACGACACAACAGCGAGUCCUACUGUGUCCCCAGAUUUCAUCACUUCCUACAUAGUGGAAACAACAUCACAGACAAAUGAUUUCGCCAGAUUUUCUACUGAAGAGGCAACAGCAGAAACAGUUGACUUCACCACUUCUUACAUUGAGGAGACAACGGCAGAGCCAAAGGAUAUAACUACUUUUUAUACUGAAGACUCAAGCUUAGAGGCUACAGAGGACCCUGUAACCAGUGUGAGUGGAGAAUACAAGACUGGAUCUGCUGAACCUACCUCUUUUGUGACUGGAGAAGAGUUCAAGGAAUCUAGCACCAGUGGGAGUGGAGAUCUGUGGAGUGAGUACUUUGAAUCCAGCACCCUCACAAAUGAAGCCUAUUCAACUGGAACAGCCAAUGAAUCCAGGACCAUCUCCACUGACCUAUAUACGCUGGAUGGAACAUCUGAACCCAGCACCAGUUUGAAUGGAGAAUCUGUGACUGAGGGAGCACAGGGAUCUAGCAACACCCAGGAUAAUGUGGGAAGUGAAGACCAGUCCUAAUAUGAUGCACAAAUAAAUCCAGACUGAAGAGGCAUAACCCACCUUCCAGUGACAUCAGCUUUAUCACAGAAACAUUUAAGUCUUAGAACUACAUAGCAUUUAAGAUUAGUUUUGUAGGAUAUUGCUGUUAAAUUCCUAGGAGUAUUUUGUAUUCUGUGGUACUUUGAUUCCUAUUUGUGUUUUAUAAUUUAUUAACAGGGUGGAAAAAAGGCAGCUCCUGAGUUUUAGUCCCAUUCCCUUUUUGUUCCUAGGAAUAUAAAGAAGAUGAGACUUCCUGCAGGUCACAAACAGCUGUUCAACCCAAACUCCUCCAGACUUUUAGGGACUCUGAUUGCACCUUCACUCAUAGCUAUUCACAGCCUCACAUAGGCCCCAGAAUCCUCAGUGCUGAUUCCCAAGAUGUGAAAGGGAAGCUAUAGUUAUAAGAUUUUAUACAUAAACAGUUGCCUUUAACCCUUUAAAAAACUGGCUGUUCAUCUGGUGGAUGGAACCCAGGGACAGGUUAAUAGCGAAGGCUUUUGGGUGGCCACUGGGAGGCACUGUGGGGAGGAAACAUUUCUGGCAGCUGAUAGAUUGUGCUAGGACUCUCCUGACCUGCCUUUUUCCAUGUUUUACCAGGCCUGAGUUCCUAGUAUUAGGGUUACCAUACAUCCGGAUUUUCCCGGACAUGACCGGCUUUUUGGUCCUCAAAUCCCCGUCCGGGGGGAAUUGCCAAAAAGCCGAACAUGUCCGGGAAAAUAGGGAGGCUAGGCUCUCCGAAUU